AAGCAGUUCAGGGUACUCGCAGGACACCACCCCGCCACCACGACUCACCAACUCACCCCGACGACUCACCACCCCACCAACCCCCUCGUCGACUCACCACGGGACUCACUCACCAAGCAGACACGUGCAUCCUUCCUAGUCCCUGCUGUCGCGGGCCUGGCGUGAUCCGCGCUCCCCGCUUCCAAGGCUGCGCUGGGAAUCCGCCCCACGGCUGGGAUGUCGGGCGUGAUAAUGCACGGAUUCAUUCCGAGGCCGUUCCUCGGCGCAGAGCCUCUAGACCCCAGGGGCGACACGCAGAGUAAGCAGACGCCGCGUGGCGAGGAGGAGAAGGAGGUGAAGGAAGAGGAGGUGGAGGCCGAAGAGGAGAGAGGAUGUGGGUCUGCACCUCACCAUCCGUUUGCUUUUGAAUCUCCACCACCACCGCCGUCGUCACCACCACCCAUUCGCCCUGGUCCACCGCUCUCUUCGCAUGGCCCCCCGAAAGGGGCUCCCCGCGUUCCUAGAGCACCGCAACCAGGCGGAGAGGUCCCGGGGACCAUGAUGGCCUUCCCUGGGGCGUCGCCGAGGCGAAGGCUUGGAGGGCCCUCUGCGGGCCUCCACCACCUGCUGCCUGGACUUGUGGCCGAGGGGGCCGCGCUCAAGGGCUGCAGGCCGGCCUUCGCCUACCCGGGCCUUCACCUCGAGGUGGGGCCUUCGCAGGGACCCUACGGAGGGGCUCUCCCCGCCGCUGCCGCCGCCACCGCUGCUGUUGUUGCUCCGAACGCGGGGGGGCUCUUACUGCCACCGUCGCAACUACAUCAGCACCACCACCAUCAUCGCGCCUACCAUCACCACCAUCAUCUGCACCAUCAUGGGAAUGGGCAUCAGCAGCAGCAUCUGCAUCAUCUGCAACAGCAGCAACAGCAGCAGCAAGGGAAGUUGACCCCGGCCUUGCCCCUCGCAAUGCCCCUGCCGCUGGUGCUGCCCAAGGCCCGUGAAGGUCCGUGUCGCCCAAUGCCUUUCCUCCCAAUAGGGGGAGAGCCCUCCAUCUCUCCGUCCCGUCCCCACCAACAUCACCAACAUCAACAACAGCAUCAACAACAACACGGUCAGAACAAUCGACAAAACAAUCAGCAUCAUCAACAGCAAACUCAGAACCAGACUCAAGCUCAGCAACAACGUCAACACCACCACCAUCACCGGCAACAACAACAGCAGCAGCAACACCAUCAACCACAUCAUCAUCAUCAUCAACCACAACAUCACGUGCAACAAAGGUUCUAUUUCUCUGAAGCGGAGCUGCACGCGGUGCUGUACGGGAGGUUGGGCCCGCGAGGAGGGGUCACGGGGCACGCCAUCUCGGGCCUUCACCUGGGCCUUCCUGCAGGUGUGAGGCCUCAGACUGUGCCACUGGAUCGCGAGUCUCUCAACCUCCCCGAAGGCCUGAGCAUCCUGCACACGUGGCUGGGCGCCGAGGCGCACUACGGGGUGUUCUGCACGCGGGGCCUCGUGGCGCGGGGCACGCGCUUCGGGCCCUACGCGGGCCGCGUCGUCUCGCCCAGCGAGAUCAAGACCCACGACGACAACUCACACAUGUGGGAGAUUUUCGAGGGGGGCCGCUUGAGCCACUUUAUCGACGGGCGCGGCGCGGCGGGCAACUGGAUGUCGCUGGUGAACUGUGCGCGGAGCUCCUCCGAGCAGAACCUCGUGGCGCUGCAGAGCGGCCGAUCCAUCGUGUACGAGGCGAGUCGCGACGUUCCCUCGGGCCGCGAGCUCCUCGUGUGGUACGGCGAAUCCGCCUACCUGCAGUUCCUGGGCAUCCCCGUGGGACUCAGGCUCCCGACGGCCGCGGCCUCGAGUCCCGGAGCGGAGAGCGGCGAAGGCUACCGCUGCGAGCGCUGCGGCAAGGUGUUCGCGUACCGCUACUACCGCGACAAGCACCUCAAGUACACGCGCUGCGUGGACCUCGGCGACCGCAAGUACCCGUGCAACCUGUGCACCCGCUCCUUCGAGAAGCGCGACCGCCUGCGCGUGCACAUCCUGCACGUGCACGAGAAGCACCGGCCGCACAAGUGCACUGUGUGCGGCAAAAGCUUCUCGCAGUCGUCCAGCCUUAACAAGCACAUGCGCGUCCACUCCGGGGAGAGGCCCUACAAGUGCGUCUACUGCAGCAAGGCGUUCACCGCGUCGUCCAUCCUGCGCACACACAUCCGCCAGCACUCGGGCGAGAAGCCCUUCAAGUGCCGUCACUGCGGCAAGGCGUUCGCGUCGCACGCGGCGCACGACAGCCACGUGCGGCGGACGCACGCCAAGGAGAAGGCCAGCCUGGCGUGCGGCGCCUGCGGCAAGGCCUUCGCGCAGCCCUACGAGCUCAAGUUCCACCUCAAGAUACACGCCGGAGGAGGAGGAGGAGGCGAAUCGGCCAGCGGCGCCAUCCUAGAGCAGCCGAGUCCGUCUCCAGACACCGAGGACUCGCUGGCUGGCGAGGGCGGCGCGGCCAUCCGCGGCGACGGUGCCGCCCGCGCGGCCUACAGGCCCUACCCGCCCGUGCCUCCCUCAUCCCGCGGCAGCAGCGACGGCAGCGUGCAGGGCACAGAGCCCUACUGAGGGCGGCGGCGCCGGCGGCGGCGGCGGCGGCAGCUGCGGGUCCCGCGAGCCGACGACCCUGCCCGUCCCGUCCUGGUCGUCGUUCGU